AUCAAUACAGUGAUAUGUCAUAUUUCUGAUCUAAUCCGAGGAAAGAGCACACCAGGUGUGACAAUUAGCGAGUUGAGUUAUAGUUUGUAUAAAUUGUCACUUGGAUACUUACAUCACACGGAUUUAUUGAAUAACUAAUUUCCUUGGACUGGAAAAAAAAUCUGAAAUUGCGUCCACGCCACGUUGAAAUAUGUGCCGUUUUCUAUGUGUUCUCUUCGGAAUCAUAUGUGCGCUGAGGAUUGUUCCUUGUUUUGAGAGAUACCAGUUUGAUAUUCCGAAUGGAUUUAACAUCCCUAACCCUUGCGAGCCGACAGGGAUCUGGAAUGGGGUUGGACACUAUGGACCAGAAGGCCAGGGACCAACGAACCAGUUCGGCAAGGAUUUUCUUGCCGCCGGAAAGAAAUGGACGGUUAAAUUAUGCAAGACAGACUCAGACGGAGAUGGGAUGAUGAACGGAUUUGAACUUGGUGACCCCUGGUGCCGAUGGAAGAAAGAAACACCAACAAUACUUUUGCCUGCUCGAUAUCACCCAGGCGAGUAAAAAAGAACGCCGGUCAAACUUUCUCCUUCACAGGAUAAGUCCUAUAGUAUGUAAACCAGUCAAAACUUCUCCCUUGUGGAAUACUUCCUAUGUAAACCAGUCAAAACUUCUCCCUUGUGGGAUACUUCCUAUGUAAACCAGUCAAAACUUAUCCCUUGUGGGAAACUUCCUAUGUAAACCAGUCAAAACUUAUCCCUUGUGGAAUACUUCCUAUGUAAACCAGUCAAAACUUCUCCCUUGUGGAAUACUUCCUAUGUAAACCAGUCAAAACUUCUCCCUUGUGGGAUACUUCCUAUGUAAACCAGUCAAAACUUCUCCCUUGUGGGAUACUUCCUAUGUAAACCAGUCAAAACUUCUCCCUUGUGGAAUACUUCCUAUGUAAACCAUUAAAACUUCUCCCUUGUGGAAUACUUCCUAUGUAAACCAGUCAAAACUUCUCCCUUGUGGGAUACUUCCUAUGUAAACCAGUCAAAACUUCUCCCUUGUGGAAUACUU